GUGCAGGUAUUUUAAAAUCUUAAAUAAUGUGCAUAUACCUUGAUAGACACCACAUGUAGAAUCGUCCCCUGCAGCCACAGGUCGUGGUUGCUGAGCAGCGACCGGCCCAGCUGCUCGUUGCGGUACGGAACCGAGCAGGGCUCCGCCUCUGGCCGGCUGAUUGGCUCAGCUGUCAUGUCGUUGGCCCGGUUCUCUCCGCCACUGGCCAAUGCGUACAAAGCCCUUUCUGUACCCCUCUACUGUAUUCAGAUACGUGCCUUUGUGCACCAGUACGUUGCGACCCCGAUGGCCUCGUAGCAGCCGUAGAACCUAGUGUUAGCUCGGGAACAGGGCAGCCCCUGUUCGCUCAACGGCUCGUCUCCAAAUGCGUCCGGGACUGGCGGGUAUAGCGGCGGAGAUGCUGAGCGGUGUCACCGGCAGGGCCAGGCCGAGGCUCGGCAGCCUCUUGCUGGCCCCAGCUACCAAAACAGUGCCUCCGCCGCCUCUGUCAGCCGCGGAGAGCCGCAGAUUUCGGUCCACGUCCUCGAUGCAGGGCUUCUCGGAGUUGGCGAGGGAGCGGUCCAAGACUGUCACGUCGUUUUACAACCAGUCGGCCAUCGACGUUUCCGCGGAGAAGGCCUCAGUGCGACUGACCUUAGCAACCCUGCUGUAUUCUGGGAAGUCUCCCGAUGGACACCACAUCCUGAGCAGUGGCAAGUAUCUACACAAGGAGCUGCCUGUACGAAUCGCCCAUCGCAUCAAGGGCUUCCGUAGUUUGCCCUUCAUCAUUGGCUGCAACCCCACCAUUCUGCAAGUGCAUGAACUGUAUAUCAGAGCCUACCACAUGCUCAUCGACUUUCCACAGAUCAAGGAUCAAGAUGUGGAGGCUCGUUUCUGUAAACUGGUGCAGCAACUGUUGGACGACCACAAAGACGUGGUUACCAUGCUGGCUCAGGGCUUCAGGGAGUGUCGCAGACACAUUCAGGAUGAGACGAUCAUCCGCAGCUUCUUGGACACAACACUCUGCUCUCGUCUGGGAAUCCGCAUGCUGGCCACGCACCACCUCGCCCUCCACGAAGAUAACCCUGAUUUUGUCGGGAUCAUAUGCAGACGUCUCUCUCCCAAAAAGAUCAUAGAGAAGUGGGUGGACUUUGCCAGGCGUCUGUGUGAGCACCAGUACGGGAACUCUCCCAGGGUGAGGAUCAAUGGGCACGUAGCAGCUCGCUUCCCCUUCAUCCCUCUGCCUCUGGAUUACAUCCUCCCAGAGCUCCUCAAGAACGCCAUGAGGGCCACCAUGGAAAGCCACCUGGACACUCCAUACAAUGUGCCCGAUGUGGUUGUCACCAUUGCCAAUAAUGACAUUGAUUUUGUCAUCAGGAUUUCAGAUCGUGGUGGCGGCAUCCCUCACAACAUAAUCGACAAAGUGAUGGACUACCACUUCAGCACGGCCGAGGAGAGCGCGCAGGACCCCCGCAUGAGCAACCUCUUCAACAACAUUACCAACAGCGGAAACCAGUCCAACCCUAUGCACGGGUUUGGUUUCGGCCUGCCCACGUCUCGGGCCUACGCUGAGUACCUGGGCGGCUCCCUGUCCAUUCAGUCAAUGCAGGGCAUCGGCACCGACGUCUACCUGCGUCUGCGCCACAUCGACGGCAAAGGAGAGAGCUUCAGAGUGUAAAGCUCCACACCGAUAAACCCAACGUAGGAGUCAGGCCAUGCAGGAAGGGUUUCCCACCACGAAGGCUGACGAGGACGAGGUCGACACAGUGAAAGCAUUCACAGUGUUGCGUAAGAAAGCUCCUAAAUUUACCAACCCACUCACUACUUGUUCUUUUAUUAUUGUUUUUUGUUUUUUUUUUGCCUUAGACUGAUUAUAAGCUAUGUUAGCUCUCGAGUUGAUGAUUUCAGUUGUUUUCCUUUGUGUUUUGUACCCUGUGGUGUGUCGUCUUGAAGUUUUUAGAGGGCGUAUGAACUUUUGAAUGUUUGGGUUAUCGGGACAAACUGUGCAUGACAGUGGACAUUGAUAAUGAUGAUUAGAGAGAGAGAGAGGUGACGAGGAAGAGCUUCAGUUUUAAAGAAGUUCACUUUGAAGUUAGCGAUCGCAUAGCCUCAACAUAGAAGCAGACAUUUUGAUGAUUAAUGUUUCAAAUGAAACUUCUGAGACACUCCAGCAACCCUGUCAAAAUCUCCUCAAAGUGCACAAAGCUGUUACACGAUGAUCAACACAACCGUAGUUCCAAUUUCCACUUCCUUUUUUAUCCGCUUGAAUGAAAAUGUGCGAGGUAGAACAGUUUGCGUGGGACACACGUUUUUAGCUUAUCGACAAACCCUAUGUUAUUCCUAUUAAAUCCUUCUCUGAGUUUCUGAUAAACGCAGAAAAAAAACUGCCAAAACACCGAAUGCUCAUUAACAGAUUUCUGUCUUGUUCCGUUUUGAGAACACUCGCCGUGACGAACAUCUUCGUUCAGCAGUAUUUUUGCGGAGCUUUCGGGCAGGGAGGCCAACCGAGAUGCUGAGCUGCCUUACUGUGUGACACUAGUCCUUCGACUGCAUGCUGGCUUUUAUUUUCUUCUUCUAUUUUUCUUGUUUUCUCUUUUGUUGCCUUUACUGCCUCACACGGGUGCACAAUGCGUCAGUCAGCCUCAUUAGUUGGAUGUUUUUUGUUUUCUUUUUUUGCACAAUGAAUAGAUUUCUCAUCGUCGGGCACCGAUCAUAGCAGUUCUUUGACUUUAUUGUAACAGCUUUCCAAGUAACAAUAUACCAGAGAAGUAUUGUCUAAUGUUGUCUUCUUUGUUUCAUUUUAUUUGACUUCUUUAGAUUUUUUUAAGGAUGUGUGUCAGUUGUAUUUCAAGUUUGGUGUCUUUUUGAAUAAGUUUUUUUUUAAAAAUAAGAUCACAUUUCAUGAUGGGUCAACAACAGGGUUUCUGAGCUGUGAGUUCAGGCUGACUGAGGUUUGGAAUCCUUUUUUUUAGGUCCAUUUUCUCCAGAUCACAACUUGAUUAUGUCAUUAUCUUUAAACAGAAAAUAUAUCUAAACGUUUAGUUUACUAACGACAAAUCCAUCGAGCAACCACUUCUGAAGGCAGAAGUCUAAGAGCAACCCUGCUCAUUGCAAGAAAUCUGUGAGGAAGCAUCCAUGGAAAGCUGUUCUAACAUUUAAUAACCGAGUUUGACUAUCUGGAGUUAAAAUGACAGAAAUCAACGACAUCAUUUUGACUUGUUGUAAUAACACUGUGACUAGAUUCAUUCCUGAUAUUCAAAACAUCAUUGUGACCUGUCAAAACAACAGAUCUGUGUGACUCAGUUUCGAUCAGUCAAAAUAAUGGCUGCAGUUACAUCAAAGGUCAUUAUGACUAGUCAGAAUUGUUUUACAUGACUAGAGGCUAGAACAAUGUUAGCAGAAGUAAUGGCAGCCAUUGUUAGAAACUGCUGUACAAUAAGAAAAGCUCAUCACGGAGGAGUUUGUGGAAAACCAGAGCUUCGUUUAUUAGAGGCUUGUUGUCAAAAUUUGCAGCAUUUCAUACAAUCGUCUUCUCCAGACACACCCGUGCAUCUGCGACGAAGCCUGGAUGGUCUCAGGAAACUGAUUUCCCAUUCGGAGACAAAAAAAGAAGUUGUGUUUUUUUCCAAUCGCAGUGCCAUAUUAUGUCUGAAAAGCAAACCAUCUCCACCUCCUGCUUGCCGUAUUUUCUGAUCUAAGUACACAUUUCUGCAAUGUCAUUGGACUAGUUCAAACCUAAUUUAAGAUCUAAACAGGUCAAUGUAGAUCUUGAAUUUAGAUGAAUUGAAGAUAAUUAGAAUUAUGACUUCUCUGACUUCUAACCAGAAUUACAACUAGUCAUAAUUUAGCUGCAAAUAAACACAAUUUAGUGGAUACCCACAUACAAUGGUGGAAGUUGCACCAUUUAUCCUGUUAAAUAUGACUAUAGUGGAUAUCUGGAAUGUUUUUUUUCCUAGAAGGAGCUGAAUUACUGUAUUGACUAUACAUAUCCAGUCUAGCUGCAGUAUUACAUAGUUAAAGGGCUCCAGAUGUGCUCUAGAAUGAGGAUGACACUUGGGAUGCACAGGUGAAAAGAAAUGGAAGCAUGAAAACGAACCUGUUGGUUUCCAGAAAUUCUGAAAUAAUCAAGUUGUGAUCUAAAUAUAUGUACGAGAAAAUAGACUACCAAACCUUUGCCGCUCUGAGUUUCCAGUGAGAAAAUUCAAAUAUUAUGACAUUAUAGAAGAAGGUUCAGAAAUUUGCGUCGUCACCAGAAGCACUCCUCACGUUGUGUUGAACAUUCCCCAGCUGUCCAGCAGCAGGUCGACCUGGCUGUCAACUGAAUGUUACUGUAUUAGCGUAUGCUGUUAUCUUUUUUUUUUUUUUUUUUAAUCUGAAGGGGCAUUAGGAACAUCACACCGUUACUAACAAGACGGGAAACCGAUGAACUCUGUAAACCAUCAGAAAAUGAAAGCAGUUUGUUUCUUGUUUGAACUCUUCGUGGCCUGCAGUCGUUUUCUUUUAUAUUUUAUAGACUACCUAAUGGGACGGUUCUUUGCGUUUUAGAAAACAUAAGAAUCACACGAGACCCUAACAUGUUCUAGAUCUUACAAAUGAAGUCACAGGUUCACAUAGAUUCGCAGCCAGAAUGUCUCCUGAGCUUUAUUUUUGCCACUUCGUUUACAUACAAAUGAGAUGAGAUUUUAGCUCAUGAGGCAUCGUGAACUUGUUAUUUACGUUGUAAGAUUUUAGAAACAUGAUCUGAUUUCAUUUGUGGAAGGCCCAUAGCCCAUAUUUAUUUUUUGUGAAAGGAAAACAACCCCCCACAUAAAGAACUGUUGAAGAACGUUGUUGUGUGUACCCAUAUUCUCACUAAAGCCGUCUGUAUGAAUUCAUGUGUUUAUUGUAGCUUCAAAAGUCUUGAAGAUGUAGAACAUAUGUAGCUUUUGCAUGUAAAGCAGAGCAGAGUGGAACAUGGUUUAAGGUUUGUGCUCCAGCCUCCUGAGGUUUCCUUUUUUUUUUUUUUUAAAUUCCAAAAUGUUGAAGGUGGUUUGUACAUUUUUCAAUCCGGCAGCCAGCCUGUGGCUUUUAUCGAGCAUAAAAUGUGCACUGUACGCCCCCUGCUGGCCGACAAAAGUGAAGGCAAACUGGAAAAUAAUGUUCUAUGUGAAAAUAUUAAGUGAAGCAUUUUAAUUUUUUUAAGGAAGACAUACAAGGUAAUUUCCCUUUUCUAGGUUUCUGAUUUUUCUAAUUUUUGCAGCUCAGCAAAAAAAAAAAAACAAAAAAUAAAAAAUGACCUCCAAUACAACGCAGAACCUUGUUACUGACUAAAUGUGCUGCCAUGGAGUGUUUUGUCUCCUAGACUGAAAGUAGUUUCUCCCAUGUGUUUUCUGUUGUGUUCAGGACUUUGUAGUUAUUAAAAUUUCAUUUGGUUGGAA